AUGGAAAUCGAAAUUCCGUAUACGAGUCCAGUAAAUCCAAAGCGCUACGGAUUUCUCACGACCACACUCUUGCUAACGGGGCUCGUAUUUAUGGCGCUUUUCUUCACUCGCGCGGUAGCUCCCAAGAAAAAUGCUUUAGUGGAGCUGGCUCUAGCAUUAAUUUCGGCUAUGCUUUUGGGAUUUGGCACUCUUUUCCUCCUCUUGUGGGCCGAUCUCUACGUCUGA